AUGCAAACAGUGAGAAGAAGGCAAUUUGAGGGGAGUAUUCUGUUUAUAAAUUUUUGUCCCAAGGGUUUUAGGGUGAGGGAGCGGGGUCGUAAGAGGGAUAAUUUAUUCAAUCGAGUUGCGUUUAAUCAGAGGUAGUUUUUGGCCUUUCGUUGGGGUGGAUUGGCGGCAGCAUUUGCUGAUAUCGUUCGGCGGUAUUUUACAAAAAGGUUUCCAUCAUUUUUGUCGUCUUUCUCUCAAAGAAUUUCUACUAUGGAGUUGCAUUUCAUUUGAGAUUUUUUUUGCGGGGGUGCUGAUUGGCGGCGGCGAUUGUAGAUAUCGUUCUGUAGUGUUUUACGAAUAUGGUGAUGGAGAAAGCGGAGACGAGGGUUACAUCCGGCAGUCUGCGAUGGGGAGAGCUGGAAGAGGAGGAUAACGAAGACCUCGACUUUCUUUUGCCGCCGUCCACCGUCAUUGGACCGGAUGAGAACGGGGUGAAAAAGACGAUCGAGUACAGGUUCAAUGACCAGGGGCAGAAGGUGAUGCGCACUACCACCACGCGCAACCGCAAGGUAGCUAAAACGCGCCUUAACAAGCGCGCUCUCGAGCGCCGCGAGUGGCGCAAAUUUGGCGGCGCCACCAGCGAGGAUGCCUCCAACAGGCUCACGGUCGUUUCCACGGAGGAAAUUCUGCUGGAGCGGCCCCGGCCUCCGGGCUCCAAGGCGGAGGACGUGAAAUCUGGCGCGGACGCUCUCUCCGCUCUCGCUGGCACCAAGGGUGGUGCCGUGCUCAUGGUGUGCCGCAUCUGUGGCAAGAAGGGCGAUCAUUGGACUUCCAAAUGCCCCUACAAGGACCUUGCUCCCGCCGGCACCACUGAUACUCUCACUAUGGAUAAGAUUGAUGGCGCCGUUGCUGCCUCCGGCGGCGCACCAAUCGCAGCUUCUACGGCGGCAGGGCGGUCCACCUACGUGCCUCCGAGUCUGAGGGGCGGUGUCGACCGCUCCGGCGACACCAUGCGGCGGAGAAACGAUGAGAAUUCUGUUAGGGUUACGAAUCUUUCCGAAGACACAAGGGAUGCUGACCUGCACGAGCUCUUCAAGCCGUUUGGUCACAUCACACGUGUGUACGUAGCAAUGGACCAGAAGACGGGAGUUAGCAGAGGCUUUGGUUUUGUUAAUUUCGUCAACAGGGAGGACGCCCAGAGGGCUAUCAACAAGCUCAAUGGUUACGGCUAUGAUAAUCUCAUUCUCAGAGUCGAGUGGGCCACCCCUAGACAGACAUGAGAUACUUGGCUUCUGUACUCCCAGGAAGAGGAAAGUGAUAGGAAGCGACGGUUGAAAAUCCGGGAUGCAUUCCUGACGGGUGGCCAAAUUUGGGAUCUCAAUGAUUUAUCUUUUGAUCUGGGAAGUAGAAUGGGCAAAUAUUCUCUUCAUAGGAGUAAAAAUAAGUAGUAGUUUGGUCAUUACGUUGUCCUAUAGUGCAAUUUGUAGUUCAUUGUGUCGGGGAAGAGUAUAGUGUAGUUUUAUCAUAUUUUGAGUUAAAGGUUCACGAGGCAUUUGAUUUCUUCUGUUUCAAACACUGCUUAUGUUUGAUGUGAUUUUCUCAAUUUUGACCAAAUAUAAAGUAUUUUUACUAGUUGGAAGA